AUGGAUCGGAGAUGGAUAAAUUUGAUACGUACAACAAAUGAAUAUGAGAGUGGAGUAGAACAAUUUCUUGAAUUUGCAAAGAUGAAUGUUCCAGACAAUAACGGAAGAUUCUAUUGUCCGUGUGUUAAUUGUUUGAAUGAGCGAAAAUUACCAACUGAAGUUAUUCGAGAGCAUGUUCUAUGUGAUGGAUUCCUAAAGAGCUACACAAAGUGGACAUGGCAUGGUGAAUUAAUAGACAUGCCAAGUGUAAGUGACUCUCAAGUAGAAAUAGAAGAAGUUGAUUUAGAGAUGGGUGAUCGGUUAGAGGACAUGAUAUGUGAUGUCGGACAUGAUUCCUUCCAACGUGCUCAUAUGUAUGACAGCUUGUGCAGUGACGCAGAAAAACCUUUAUAUCCAGAAUGCACUAAGUAUACUCGAUUGUCAGCUGUGUUAAAAUUGUUCAAUGUAAAGGCAAGAAAUGGGUGGACUGAUAAAAGCUUCACAGAGUUGCUUGAGUUGUUGAGUGACAUGCUUCCAGAAGGUAACACAUUGCCAACACGCAAUUAUGAUGCGAAGAAGAUAUUGUGUCCCAUGGGUAUGGAGUAUAAAAAAAUUCAUGCAUGCCCAAAUGAUUGUAUUUUGUACAAGAGCGAGUUUGCCAAGUUACAUCAAUGUCCACAAUGUGGGGUAUCACGAUACAAACAAAAAGAGGGUGAGUUUGAAUGUGAUAGUAAGGGUCCUCCUGCAAAAGUCUUAUGGUAUCUUCCUCUUGUUCCACGAUUGAAACGCUUGUUCAGUAACUCAAAUGAUGCAAAACUCAUGAGAUGGCAUGCAGAUGGACGUAUAAAAGAUGGGAAUUUAAGGCAUCCAGCAGAUGCAAUGCAGUGGAAGAAUUUUGAUUCCAUGUUCCCUAAUUUCUGUAAAGAUUCAAGAAACAUUAGGUUUGGACUUGCCACAGAUGGAAUGAAUCCAUAUGGAAACUUGAGCAGUAAACAUAGCUCGUGGCCUGUGAUGUUAGUGAUUUACAAUUUACCUCCAUGGUUGUGUAUGAAACGCAAAUAUGUGAUGUUAUCCUUGAUGAUCUCGGGUCCAAGACAACCAGGAAACGACAUUGAUGUUUAUUUAGCCCCAUUAGUUGAAGAUUUAAAGAUGUUAUGGGAGGAAGGUGUUGAUAUGUUUGAUGGGUACACUGGUGAUUCAUUCAAGUUGCAUGCCAUGGUAUUUUGUACUAUCAACGACUUUCCAGCUUAUGGUAAUUUAAGUGGCUAUAGCACUAAGGGUCAUAAAGCAUGCCCUAUAUGUGAAGAAGGCACAUGUCAUCGUCAAUUACAGCAUGGAAGGAAAACAGUAUACCUUGGACAUCGAAGGUUUCUUAGUACAAACCAUCCAUAUCGUAAAUUAAAGAAAGCAUUUGAUGGGUAUCAAGAAAAUGAAUUAGCUCCAAUGGCUUUAAGUGGAUCACAAGUAUAUGAGCGUGUGAAGGACAUUGGGGUUGUUCUUGGAAAGACACAAAAAAAAAGGCACUUCAAGCAACAUAUGGAAGAAAAGGUCAAUUUUCUUUGA